UGCGUGUGAAUUAAGGCGUGGCCUCUGAAAGCAUCUCAGUGCUCUGACCGAUCGAUGCGCCUCCAAUUAAUAUGCGUGGUAGACGAAAGCAUUUUCAGUGUUAUGGUCAAAAGCUUCCCUGGAUUUUUGCCGCCCGUUCGGAAUCACCACCUAGCGAUGGAGGUCAGGUGCAUCUUUCUUAUCUCCCCGUGAGACGUGACUCGGUUACUCCACAUUCCACGAACCACCUCCUCCCGUAUCGAUCGAUCGCCUGCAGCGUGCACGAGGCCCACCACUGCGCUAUGGCGACACGAAAUAUUUUGAAAGAAAAAUGCCAUGCACAUUGUCCCCCUUGGGCUGCUAUAUAAGCGGCUCCUCGCCGCGCCACAGGAGAACUCUCUCGCUUGUCGAAAAAAACACACGCACGCGCACGGUAGUACGGGAGACAGUGUAGAGGUUGCUACGAUGGACAUGGGAGACAUGCAUGCCAGCGCCAGGAGGCUUCUGUCGCGCGCCGCGGCGACGCCGGCGGUGGCGGUGGCCUCGCCCGGCCCGUCCGGGCAGACGACGCCGCCCUCGAGCCCCUUCGGCUCCGUGGACGCGACGGUGAUCUCGGUCCUGUCGCUGCUCCUCUGCGUCCUCGUCGUGGCGCUCGUGGUCCGCGCGCUCGUCCAGUGCGCGUGCCGCGUCACGCGGCGCGUGUGCUACGGCCAGGCAGAGCACCCCGGGGACGCCGAGGCCAGCGGCCUGGAGAUGGCCGCGCUACGGGCUGGCGCCGGCGGCAAGAAGAAGCGGGAUGGGAAGGGCGCCGCCAUCCGGGCGAUCCCGACGAUGGAGUACUCGGCGGAGAUCGAGCUCGCCGUGUGCUGCUCCACCGAGUGCGCCAUCUGCCUCGCCGACCUGAAGCAGGGCGAGCGCGUCCGCGUGCUGCCGCGCUGCCACCACGGCUUCCACGUCCGGUGCAUUGACCGAUGGCUCUCCGCGCGGCAGACGUGCCCCACCUGCAGGCAGGAGCCGUUCGCGGCGGAGGCCCGACCCGAGGAGCCGGCGCCGGCGUCGCCGGCCGUGCAGGUGCACGUCGACGCUGCACAGCUCGAGACGAUCUAGACAACCUAGCUACAUGCAUGUGUGUGAGAAAUCGUUCCAUGGAAAUUGUACAGUACUAGUGAACGGUUGGGAAAAAAUAUUAUGAAUAGUGAACAAUUUUGCAGCUGUAAUUGUUGCAGCUAUGUUGUCGCCUGUGAUACCGUGGUUGUGAUCUUUAUAUUUUGUUGAGGCAGUAGAAGUGACCCGGGUCCGAUGAAA